UGUGUGUAUGUGUGUGUGUGUCCUAGCUAUGUCUUUGUAUUAUAUUAUCAGAGGAAGUAUAUCCGGCGUCCAUCUUGCCCCCUCUCCCUGACACCCGGAGACAAACAGGCCUGGCGUGUCUUGGGGUGAUGGCGGGGCGUGUGGCUGUGGCGGCGGUGCUCCUGCUGCGUCUUGGAGACGCCCACGGCACCAGGGACUGUGAGCAACUUCAUGAAGUGGUGGUCGUCGGUGAAGGAGGGAAAGAGACAAUUUGUGAGGAGACAAGAGCAGGAUUCAAAUAUAGUGAGUCGACAACAUUAUACGUGAAGCCGGGAGAUGACUUCAAGGGAGUUAGUCUUGAAGUGACACAAGAACUAUUCUCUGCAACAAGUCAAGUAGCCUGGUUUGGCCUUGAUGAGUGUUACAGCGACAACAAGUGGAUCGAACUGAAGGUGGAUGUGGAAGCAACGAAUCGAAGGAACCAAAUUCUGCAAUUCACCCUAAACAUCGGAGGAUACAGAGAAAGAUGCAUGAGGCAAACAACAUGGAACAAAGUCAUUACUGGCCUUAGUAUUGUGGCUCACGGCUCUGCCAACUGGACAAGCACAGCCGAAGAAACGGGCGGCGGCUGUGACGGUCCAGAAUUCACGACCCUGCAGAACCCACCCACCUGCACGGAUCCACCCCGCUCUAUUACCACCACCAACACAACAACACCACCUCCAGGUACCACCACCACCACAACAACAACAACAACAGCACCUCCAGUGAUGAUAGCGGUGCCGAUAGCGGUGGUGGUGGCGGUGAUCCUGGCCAUUGUGGUGUGUGUGACCUACCGGAGGCGACGGCGUGGACAGGGAGAGGGGCAGGAGAUCCAGUAUCGUACACAGUCCUCUCCAGCCUCACCGGAGACAGGUUCAGUGCACAUCAUGGAGAACAAUCUGUACGAACCCUUACCCGGCCCCGUGAACCCCGCCGCCAGUGAACAGAAAGGGACGGUAGUCGUGGAGAACAGUCUGUACGAACCCUUACCCGGCCCCGUGAACCCCGCCGCCAGUGAACAGAAAGGGACGGUAGUUGUGGAAAACAGUCUGUACGAACCCUUACCCGGCCCCGUGAACCCCGCCGCCAGUGAACAGGAAGGGACGGUAGUCGUGGAGAACAGUCUGUACGAACCCUUACCCGGCCCCGUGAACCCCGCCGCCAGUGAACAGAAAGGGACGGUAGUCGUGGAGAACAGUCUGUACGAACCCUUACCCGGCCCCGUGAACCCCGCCGCCAGUGAACAGGAAGGGACGGUAGUCGUGGAGAACAGUCUGUACGAACCCUUCCCCGGCCCCGUGACCCCCGCCGCCAGUGAACAGAAAGGGACGGUAGUUGUGGAAAACAGUCUGUACGAACCCCUACCGGCUCACUGACAGCAGCCGCCAGGGAACAGCAAGAUACAUAAGUCAUGGAGAACUGUCUGUACGAACCCAUCCCCGGCUCCAUGACAGCACCCACCAGUGAGUUAACAGCAAGAGGCAGUAGUCGUGGGGAACAGUCUGUACGAACCCUUCCCCGCCUCCAUUACUGCACCCACCAGUGAGUGACCAGCAAGAGACAGUAGUCGUGGGGAACAGUCUGUACGAACCCAUCCCCGCCUCCAUGACAGCACCCACCAGUGAGUGAACAGCAGGAGACAGUAGUCGUGGGGAACAGUCUGUACGAACCCUUCCCCGCCUCCAUGACAGCACCCACCAGUGAGUGAACAGCAGGAGACAGUAGUCGUGGGGAACAUUCUGUACGAACCCUUCCCCGCCUCCAUGACAGCACCUACCAGUGAGUUAACAGCAGGAGACAGUAGUCGUGGGGAACAUUCUGUACAAACCCUCCCCCGCCUCCAUGACAGCACCCACCAGUGAGUUAACAGCAGGAGACAGUAGUCGUGGGGAACAGUCUGUAUGAACCCUUCCCCGCCUCCAUGACAGCACCCACCAGUGAGUUAACAGCAGGAGACAGUAGUCGUGGGGAACAGUCUGUACGAACCCUUCCCCGCCUCCAUGACAGCACCCACCAGUGAGUUAAGAGCAAGAGACAGUAGUCGUGGGGAACAGUCUGUACGAACCCUUCCCCGCCUCCAUGACAGCACCCACCAGUGAGUGACCAGCAAGAGACAGUAGUCGUGGGGAACAGUCUGUACGAACCCUUCCCCGGCUCCAUGACAGCACCCACCAGUGAGUUAACAGCAGGAGACAGUAGUCGUGGGGAACAGUCUGUACGAACCCUUCCCCGCCUCCAUGACAGCACCCACCAGUGAGUUAACAGCAAGAGGCAGUAGUCGUGGGGAACAGUCUGUACGAACCCUUCCCCGCCUCCAUGACAGCACCCACCAGUGAGUGACCAGCAAGAGACAGUAGUCGUGGGGAACAGUCUGUACGAACCCUUCCCCGCCUCCAUGACAGCACCCACCAGUGAGUUAACAGCAAGAGGCAGUAGUCGUGGGGAACAGUCUGUACGAACCCAUCCCCGGCUCCAUGACAGCACCCACCAGUGAGUGACCAGCAAGAGACAGUAGUCGUGGAGAACAGUCUUUACGAACCCAUCCCCGGCUCCAUGACAGCACCCACCAGUGAGUGACCAGCAAGAGACAGUAGUCGUGGGGAACAGUCUGUACGAACCGGUCAACAGGGAUUACUUCUAGCCAUUGCAUGUCAGAGGCACACCCUCCAUUCCACGGCCACUUUGUCCGUAACACGCCAAGACUGACUGUUCCCGCUCCACUCGACCUCGGAAACCUUGAUGAUGUCGGUGAUUGACACGACACCAGACAAACACUGCAGGGAGGCGUGAACAUUGUCCUGUCGUCGGCCUGAUCCCCAGCCAUUCCUAAAACUUGUGCGCCUUCCGUGUUGAGGACUGUUCGCCUGUAGCAGUAAUUCAACUACCGGACACGAGAUGGGAGCCACGAUCAGACGGUCUCGCGGGAAGGGAAGGGAAACUCGCCUGGCUGUGAUAACAUCUUUGCCGAGCUGAGACAACGCGACACCACCAGGGGAAGGCGCCCUCUCUGACCUAUGUGUUAGCAGCUAACUUACUGGAUGACAUUCUGUUUAACAGCAAUACGACCAACAGGCUCAUCCAGUCGCCAGAUACGACGAUUGUGGUGCUGAAGACAUUUGUUGCUCGUGCUCUCCAAAUGGAGCUGGGGCGUUUGAUCCCAGUUGUGAGCAGGAAAAAAAACUUUUGUUACUGCUGAAGAUUCUUUGGCUUCUAUCUGUGUUUGGCAAUGACCCCCAAGAGGCACACCCAGACUCAUGGAUUUCGGCUGGGAGGGACGCCAGCAACUCCAGGUCCUGCUGUAGGCGCCGAAGGGACCUUUAGUGGACAGUGAAGAUACAACUACAACGAUCUACUGAGAACCUGUUGCUGUUUUUCUGAUCUCGAUGAUUUAGUUAAUAGGUUAGCAAAUAAGGAAACAUAUGUCUUAAACAAUACUGUUAAUGAUUAUCAAAAUGGUUUUGUCCAGAUACUUAUCUUGAUCUAUAAUACUUGUACAUGUGUAUCCCAAUUCUGUAUUGCUUUUUGACUUGUCCAUGCGAGUGUUCCGCAACUGUGUGAUGCUAGUGUGUUCAGCCCUGACGUGCGUGUAUUAAUACAUGUGAUCAGUCUGCAGCACCGCGUUAUGCACUUCAUUUCAACAUUUUUUUUAUGAUACUUAGUUUCAUAAAUCAGUCAAUCUUUUUCCCGCUUUGGCCCGGGGACGUAAUUCAUGCUUCCUUUCUUGUUACAGUUGUGUUGGAUUGUGAUAAACCAGUCAAUCUUUUUUCUCGUUGGGAGACAGGGAAAAUGUAUUUCAUGCUUUCGUACUUGUUACUGUUGUGUUGGAUGGUGACAUAUUAAUCCCUUUUCCUUUGAGGGGGCGGGGAGAUGUGUUUCAUGCCUAGGUGCUCGUCACUGUUGUUUUGGAUGCUGACAAGUCUCAGCGAGCCUCGAGUGCCCGCCGCUGUUGUGCAAAAUCCUCAGGCUGCAUUACGCGUGCCUGGACCAUCACCACGGCCAUCCUGACACACUAGAAGCUACAACAGAACAAAAACAUAUAGCUACUACAGGCAACGUUAACGGUGAUAAAAUAAAACCCAAUCCUUUAGUAUAACACGGCUAUGAAGUAACAAGCAUCUGUGCUUUUCUUGCAUCUUUGGGGUAUUUUGCACAACGCCUUCCCCUCCCCGGAACAGUGUGGUGCCGCGGCCGCAUCGGGCACACACGGACGGCGCGACUCACGGGAAUGUCAAACUGUCCGCGGGGUUUGGCUUGCACAGUAUGAUGAAUGAUUUUGUCACGCUGCCCCCCUGUUAUCUGAACCUGUGACUUGACAUUAUUAAAGCAUAACAAAAUGUA